AGAGCAGUCACGCUGCUAUCCACGAACACAUCUACCGUCGCUUUUACAAUAAGGAGCCGAGGACAAGUCGGCUGGUCGGCUGCUGCUCACACCAAGCUAGGUUUACAAAAUGGCAAGUUCUCUUCCUUUGGAAACCAUGAUGUCUUGCCCACGACUUGACAGCGGCAGGAACGGAGCGUCCACCGCGCCAAAGGCGUUGGCUUUUUCCAUUGACCGGAUCAUGUCCAAGACCUCGGAACCGAAAGGGAGUUUGGAUGACCGACGAGGAUUGGAGAUUGCCGAGGGCAAAAAGAUGCUAAGCCUCUGCUCACCUAUACCUUGUAUGAUCCCACUUCAACCUUUUAGCUACGACCUUCAAGCCAAGGCGCUGAUGAACUACUCCGAAUUUUGGAAAGCUAAUUUUAGAGGAACGAUAUGCGGUUCACCUGCAGCAAUGUGCAAAGCUAAUUGUGGGAUGUGUGGCAAAGGGGACUCGGGUUUGAAGCACUCUAUAAUACCAGGAACUAGAGUAAUAAAGCCCCAAGUCAUCCACCAAGCCGUUGCUAUGCCUACUAACGGGUCACUGUACUAUUUCAACUACCUGGACUCUGCAUACCACCAGUCUGAGCUGUUAUCAGGACACUUGUUCUCCUCAGCCCUGGCCAACUCGCAAGCUCAGGCUUCGUUCUCAGCACACCAGAAACUUUUACUUCUAGAGAACGCCAAACUUGCCAGCGCUUCGGUUGAGAAGUUCCCCACUCCACAAUAUCCCCACAAGGAGCAUCUGCCUGGUCAGUUGGACCAGAUAGUGAAGGAGAACCACAGCCUGAACUCGGAGAAAAACGGCGUAAAAGCUCACGGCAAGCUCAACAACAGCUCCACCGACGGGAAACCGAAAAACUUCACGUGCGAAGUUUGUGGAAAGGUAUUUAAUGCUCAUUAUAAUUUGACUCGACACAUGCCAGUGCACACAGGCGCGAGGCCCUUCGUUUGCAAAGUGUGCGGGAAAGGGUUCCGUCAGGCCAGCACGCUGUGCAGACACAAAAUUAUCCACACGCAGGAAAAGCCUCAUAAAUGCAACCAGUGUGGCAAGGCGUUCAACAGGAGCUCAACACUGAACACUCACAUACGAAUCCAUGCCGGAUACAAACCUUUCGUCUGCGAAUUCUGUGGAAAAGGAUUUCACCAGAAAGGAAAUUACAAGAACCACAAACUUACGCACAGCGGAGAGAAGCAGUACAAAUGUUCCAUAUGCAACAAGGCCUUCCAUCAAAUAUACAAUCUGACCUUCCACAUGCACACGCAUAACGACAAGAAGCCCUUCACGUGUGGGACUUGCGGAAAAGGCUUUUGCAGGAACUUUGACUUGAAAAAACACAUACGAAAGCUGCAUGAUAAUAACUCUUCGUGUUUAUCUGCAACAAACGAAUCAUCCAGGGCACUCCAAAGCUGA